AGGGGUUUCUUACUGAGAUUUAACUUUCAAUUUUCAGAGAAAUGGAAUGCUCGGAUUACUGAUCUACGCAAACAAGUCGAAGAGUUGUUUGAAAGAAAAUAUGCUCAAGCUAUAAAAGCCAAAGGUCCUGUGACGAUCCCAUACCCUCUCUUCCAGUCGCACGUUGAAGAUCUUUAUGUAGAAGGACUCCCGGAAGGGAUUCCUUUUAGAAGGCCGUCUACUUACGGAAUUCCUCGCCUUGAGAGAAUAUUACUUGCAAAGGAAAGGAUUCGUUUUGUGAUUAAGAAGCACGAACUUCUGAAUUCAACACGUGAAGACUUACAGCUUGAUAAACCAGCUUCAGGAGUAAAGGAAGAAUGGUAUGCCAGAAUCACUAAAUUACGAAAGAUGGUAGAUCAGCUUUUCUGCAAAAAAUUUGCUGAAGCUUUGGGGAGCACUGAAGCCAAGGCUGUGCCUUACCAGAAAUUUGAGGCACAUCCUAAUGAUCUCUACGUUGAAGGACUUCCGGAAAACAUUCCUUUUAGAAGUCCCUCAUGGUAUGGAAUCCCAAGGCUGGAAAAAAUCAUUCAAGUGGGCAAUCGAAUUAAGUUUGUUAUUAAAAGACCAGAACUUCUGACUCACAGUACUACUGAAGUUACUCAGCCAAGAACGAAUACACCAGUCAAAGAAGAUUGGAAUGUCAGAAUUACUAAGCUACGAAAGCAAGUGGAAGAGAUUUUUAAUUUGAAAUUUGCUCAAGCUCUUGGACUCACAGAAGCAGUAAAAGUACCAUACCCUGUGUUUGAAUCAAAUCCUGAGUUUCUUUACGUAGAAGGCUUGCCGGAGGGAAUUCCCUUUCGAAGCCCUACCUGGUUUGGAAUUCCACGACUUGAAAGGAUUGUUCGUGGCAGUAAUAAAAUCAAGUUUGUUGUUAAAAAACCUGAACUAGUUAUUUCCUACUUGCCUCCUGGAAUGGCUAGUAAAAUAAACACUAAAGCCUUGCAGUCCCCGAAAAGACCACGCAGCCCUGGGAGUAAUUCGAAAGUUCCGGAAAUUGAGGUCACUGUGGAAGGUCCUAAUAACAACAACCCUCAGACCUCAGCUGUUCGAACCCCUACUCAGACUAAUGGUUCUAAUGUUCCCUUUAAGCCCCGAGGGAGAGAGUUUUCCUUUGAGGCCUGGAAUGCCAAAAUCACAGACCUAAAACAAAAAGUUGAAAAUCUUUUCAAUGAAAAAUGUGGUGAAGCCCUGGGCCUUAAACAAGCCGUGAAAGUGCCAUUUGCAUUAUUCGAGUCUUUCCCUGAAGACUUUUAUGUGGAAGGCUUACCUGAGGGUGUGCCGUUUCGCAGACCAUCUACUUUUGGCAUUCCAAGGCUGGAGAAGAUACUCAGAAACAAAGCGAAAAUUAAGUUCAUUAUUAAAAAGCCUGAAAUGUUUGAAACGGCAAUUAAGGAGAGCACCUCCUCCUCUAAGAGCCCUCCAAGAAAAAUAAAUUCAUCGCCCAAUGUUAAUACUACUGCAUCAGGUGUUGAAGAUCUUAACAUCAUUCAGGUGACAAUUCCAGAUGAUGAUAAUGAAAGACUGUCAAAAGUUGAAAAAGCUAGACAGCUAAGAGAACAAGUUAAUGACCUCUUCAGUCGUAAAUUUGGUGAAGCUAUUGGUAUGGGUUUCCCUGUGAAAGUUCCGUACAGGAAAAUCACGAUUAACCCUGGCUGUGUGGUAGUGGAUGGCAUGCCUCCUGGAGUAUCGUUCAAAGCCCCCAGCUACCUGGAAAUCAGCUCCAUGAGAAGGAUUCUAGAUUCAGCUGAGUUCAUUAAGUUCACAGUCAUUAGACCAUUUCCAGGACUUGUGAUUAAUAACCAGUUGGUUGAUCAGAGUGAGUCAGAAGGCCCAGUGAUACAAGAAUCAGCUGAGCCGAGCCAGUUGGAGGUUCCUGCAACAGAAGAAAUAAAGGAGACUGAUGGAAGCUCUCAGAUUAAGCAAGAGCCAGACCCUACGUGGUAGACCUCUUCCCUCCUAGGCUUAAAGUAUCAGUGGGUGAGAAGAGCUUUUUGGACCUGUUACUGCCCCAAGCUGUGUAAUAUACUUGUAUAACAGAAAUACCUUCUAUACAAACCUUUUUUUCUACUUUUAGAUAGAAAUGUCUACUUUUUCAGCAGUUCUGUGAAUUGAAUUAAAGAGCAGAGUGACUGUAGAUUUGGAAUGGCUGGUUUACUUUGGAAUGUAUUAUAAGGAUUUUACAGCAAUGCUGGAAAAACGACAGGGAAAACGACAGGGAUGAAUCUCACCAGGUUUUUUUACGGAUUCAGCAGAGCCUUCAGCCACGGUGUCUGUUUCCCAAUCAAGUGAAGACACAUCUCCUGCUGGGACAUCUCAGCUUCUGCAGUGAAGAAAACACUUGAGAUAGUUUAGUUCUUUAGUUUUUAUAUUUGAAAAAUCAUUUAAAUCAUCCUUUUGUUCACAACUCUCCUUAAUGACUGAGUGAACAGUUAGUGUCUGUAUAUUUGACUAAAUCUUUUCCUAAGCUAUCUAUCAUGGUUCAUGUAUUUUUUAUCAUAAUUAAAAAAAAAAAAACACCACCAGGAUUACCUAAUAGGUAGUAAGAGGUCAGUAGUAUCUCAGCGUGUGGCUUAGAGGGGGAAUACAAAGGACCUCUCCACAUUUACGUUUCAUCCAAAUAAAAAGCAUGGUGCACCAGAAGUUGAAGACCAGGUAUGAGAGUUUGGGCAAGCUAAGCGACACUAAAGCCUCACUAUCGUGGAACCUGUUGUUGUGUGGGGGUUUUUUGGAACACUGUUCCGUUUGGAUCAAUCUCAAGGGGUUUUCAUUGCCUUCGUUAUUUUAUAAUUCUACUUGUGACACUGAGGCUCCAGUGUGAGGAGUGAGGGGUCAUAAGCUAAUUAUGCACCCGCUGAUAUUCUGCGCCGUUUGUAGGAGAAUCUUACACGUGUUGAGAUUGCAGACAAUAAGAGUUGUAAAAUACCAGCUGUACGAAAAGCUAGAGUAUGUGAUGGCAUAGCGUGUUCAUUAGCUUUAUCACAAUAUUCAUAAUGGAGAAUUAUAUUACAUGGUAGCAGAAAUAGGCAUUUUUAUGUGUUGCUUAUAUUUUACCUCAAAUUAAAAUGUAGAUAUAGGGUAAUAAAUAAAAUCCAUCCAUGCCUUUCACACACUAA